GGAAAAUCUGCCGCCGUCGUAGGAAGCUAUGUCGCGUGUGGAAGCUCCGUCGCCGUCCUAGGAAGCUGUGUCGCCGUCGUCGUCUCCUCUGUUCGAGCUCUCUCUGUUCUUUGCCGAUAGUUCCGACUCCUCUGUCGUCGCCGUCACUCCCCUUCCUCCCUCGCUCCGUGAACCGGUGACUUUACCGGUUUAUUGACUGGUCCGGUUCUCGCAACCUUGGUUAGAAUAGAAAAUCCCAGAGAGUGUAGUGAAGAAGGAAAUCAUGAUGUCUCUGGCUCAGCAACUGAGCGUCCUGAGAUGGUCUCCACUGCCGUCCACGUCUUUCUCAAGACCAACCACCACCCACAACCGCCAUACCCGCACGCUCCUUCCGGUGGUGUGUUCGGUGGCCUUAUCGAAUGCGCAGAACCGAGAGAGAGUGAAGCUGAAAGAGCUCUUCGAGCAAGCCUAUGAGAGAUGCCGCACUGCUCCCAUGGAAGGUGUUUCCUUCACCGUUGAUCAGUUCACUGAAGCUCUUGAAAAGUAUGAUUUUGAUUCUGAGGUUGGCACCAAGAUUAAGGGCACGGUAUUUGCUGUAGAUGCAAGUGGAGCUUAUGUUGAUGUUACUGCAAAGUCUACUGCAUAUUUGCCUCUGCAAGAGGCAUGCAUCCACCGAAUUAAGCAUGUGCAAGAAGCAGGCAUAGUUCCUGGCUUGAGAGAGGAGUUUGUAGUAAUUGGGGAAAAUGAAGUUGAUGAUGGCCUGAUCUUGAGUUUAAAGGCUAUUGAGUUCGACCUUGCAUGGGAACGCUGUAGGCAACUUCAAGCAGAAGAUGCAGUUGUCAAGGGUAAGAUUGUCAAUGGAAACAAGGGUGGAUUGGUGGCCGAGGUGGAAGGCCUCAAGGGAUUUGUUCCAUUCUCACAGAUUUCAACGAAAUUAUCUGGAGAAGAGCUACUUGAGAAGGAACUCCCUCUAAAGUUCGUGGAGGUGGAUGAGGAACAGUCCAGACUUAUCCUCAGUCACCGUAAAGCCGCUGCUGACAGCCAGGGACAGCUGGGAAUUGGAUCCGUAGUAACUGGCACUGUUCAAAGCCUAAAGCCAUAUGGUGCCUUCGUUGACAUUGGUGGAAUCAGUGGUCUCCUUCACGUCAGUCAGAUCAGUCACGAUCGUAUAACUGAUAUUGCAACUGUUCUUCAACCUGGUGAUAUUCUGAAGGUGAUGAUACUAAGUCAUGAUCGGGAGAGAGGCCGAGUAAGCCUUUCCACAAAGAAGUUGGAACCCACACCUGGUGAUAUGAUUCGCAAUCCAAAGCUUGUCUUUGAGAAGGCGGAAGAGAUGGCUCAGACAUUCAGACAGAGAAUAGCCCAAGCAGAAGCCAUGGCUCGUGCUGAUAUGCUUCGGUUCCAGCCAGAGAGUGGAUUAACUCUUAGCAAUGAAGGGAUCUUAGGACCACUUUCUUCAGAGUUGCCUGCAGAGGGAGUGGAUUUCAAUGAGGUACCCUCAGCUGAAGAACAUUCAUGAUUCAGAAUUUUGAGGGUCCUAUUUUGCACCUAGCUCUAGAUUUUUGCUUGUAACUUAAACAAUAUUGCUGUAUAACAAUAAGCUUAUUGUUUUGUUUUGUUUGGAUGAGUUAAUUUUUUCCUGCUGCGUAGAGAAUACAUUUCUUAAUAUUCACCAAUUUGAGCCAACAAUCCCGCCUUUCCUACAAAUUUGAAUUCUGUUGAGUGUGUAUUUAGCCAGAUGAACUAAAAUAUUGAUUUUCAAGAAAGGAAAAGUCAAUUAAUCUUUUUA